AUGGCGGACAAGCGCAAACUCCAAGGUGAGAUUGACCGCUGCCUCAAGAAGGUGUCUGAGGGCGUGGAGCAAUUUGAAGACAUUUGGCAGAAGCUCCACAAUGCAGCCAACGCGAACCAGAAAGAAAAGUAUGAGGCUGAUCUAAAGAAGGAGAUUAAGAAGCUUCAACGGCUGAGGGACCAGAUCAAGACAUGGGUAGCGUCCAACGAGAUCAAGGACAAGAGGCAGCUCAUAGACAACCGCAAGCUCAUUGAGACGCAAAUGGAACGGUUCAAAGUCGUGGAGCGAGAGACCAAGACCAAAGCCUACAGCAAGGAGGGCCUGGGUCUGGCACAGAAGGUGGACCCUGCCCAGAAGGAGAAGGAGGAGGUCGGCCAGUGGCUCACGAACACCAUCGACACCCUGAACAUGCAGGUGGACCAGUUUGAGAGCGAAGUGGAGUCCCUGUCAGUGCAGACGCGCAAGAAGAAGGGCGACAAGGAUAAGCAGGACCGGAUCGAGGGCCUGAAGCGGCACAUCGAGAAGCAUCGCUACCACGUGCGGAUGCUGGAGACCAUCCUGCGCAUGCUGGACAACGACUCCAUCCUGGUGGACGCCAUCCGCAAGAUCAAGGACGACGUCGAGUACUAUGUGGACUCGUCCCAGGACCCCGACUUCGAGGAGAAUGAGUUCCUCUACGACGACCUGGACCUCGAGGACAUUCCACAGGCGCUGGUCGCCACCUCCCCCCCCAGCCACAGCCACAUGGAGGACGAGAUCUUCAACCAGUCCAGCAGCACGCCCACCUCGACCACCUCCAGCUCCCCCAUCCCACCCAGCCCGGCCAACUGCACCACGGAAAACUCGGAAGAUGACAAGAAGAGGGGGCGCUCGACGGACAGUGAAGUCAGCCAGUCUCCAGCCAAAAACGGCUCCAAGCCCGUCCACAGCAGCCAGCACCCUCAGUCCCCGGCUGUGCCGCCCAGCUACCCGCCCGGCCCCCCACCUGCCGCCUCUGCCCUGAGCGCUGCCCCUGGCAGCAACGGCGCCCCGGCUGCAGCUGCCCCCACGAGCGCCCUGGGUGCCAAGGCCAGCCCGGCGCCCAGCCACAGUGCGGGCACCCCUGCCCCCUACGCCCAGGCUGUGGCCCCGCCAGCCCCCAGUGGGCCCAGCAGCGCCCAGCCCCGGCCCCCCAGCGCCCAGCCUGGGGCGGGAGGCGGCGGCGGAGGUGGUGGGGGCAACAGCGGCGGAGGCGGAGGCGGUGGCAAGCAGAACGGCGCCACCAGUUACAGCUCGGUGGUGGCAGACAGCCCGGCGGAGGCGGCGCUCAACAGCACAGCGGGUGGCAGCGCGGGUGGCCAAGCCCUGGGCCCUCCGCCCGGCCCCCACAACCCGCCUCCCAGCACCACGAAGGAACCCAGCGCCACAGCCCCAGCGGGUGCCGGGGGUGUGGCCCCAGGCUCAGGGAACAACGCGGGGGCACCCAGCCUCCUGGUGCCGCUCCCCGUGAACCCCCCCAGCUCCCCGACACCCAGCUUCAGUGAAGCCAAGGCAGCUGGCAGCCUGCUGAACGGGCCUCCGCAGUUCAGCGCCGCACCCGAGAUCAAGGCCCCCGAGCCCCUGAGCUCCCUGAAGUCCAUGGCGGAGCGUGCGGCCAUCAGCUCUGGCAUCGAGGACCCCGUGCCCACGCUGCACCUGACCGAGCGAGACAUCCUCCUGAGCAGCAGCGCGGCGCCCCCGGCCUCGGCCCAGCCUCCCCUGCAGCUGUCGGAGGUGAGCAUCCCGCUGUCGCUGGGCGUGUGUCCGCUGGGCCCGGUGCCCCUCACCAAGGAGCAGCUGUACCAGCAGGCCAUGGAGGAGGCUGCCUGGCACCACAUGCCCCACCCCUCGGACUCGGAGCGCAUCCGGCAGUACCUGCCCCGGAACCCCUGCCCGACGCCCCCCUACCACCACCAGAUGCCGCCCCCACACUCGGACACCGUGGAGUUCUACCAGCGCCUGUCCACCGAGACGCUCUUCUUCAUCUUCUACUAUCUGGAGGGCACAAAGGCGCAGUACCUGGCAGCCAAGGCCCUGAAGAAGCAGUCCUGGCGGUUCCACACCAAGUACAUGAUGUGGUUCCAGAGGCACGAGGAGCCCAAGACCAUCACGGAUGAGUUUGAGCAGGGCACCUACAUCUACUUUGACUACGAGAAGUGGGGCCAGCGGAAGAAGGAAGGCUUCACCUUUGAGUACCGCUACCUGGAGGACCGGGACCUCCAGUGA